UAACAAGUAACAAUUUAGCACAAGGACUUUUGCGGCAAUUGUAUUCUAAAAUCCCGGAAAUUUAUCACUGAUAUGGAAAACGAAUUCAAAUUGUCGCAUAAAGCCAAGAAAAGGAUCAAGGAAGUAAAAAGGAAAGCUCGACCAGAGUUAGCAGACAAGUACCAAUGGACCGCCUGCAAGUAUGCAGGUAACUUUGAGGAAUUCCUCAAAUGUAAUGACAAUGUAGACAGAAUAAGUGAGACCCUCGUCUCACCACAAGAAUUUAUAGAUAAAUAUGAGAAAAUUUAUAAACCGGUAGUAAUAACCAAUGUCCAGACAAACUGGAAAGCUAAUCACAAGUGGACUUUAGAUAGACUAGCCAAAAAGUAUCGGAACCAAAAAUUUAAAUGCGGGGAAGACAAUGAGGGUUAUAGUGUUAAGAUGAAAAUGAAGUAUUACGUAGAGUAUGCCAGGACAACGACUGAUGAUAGUCCGCUUUAUAUUUUUGAUAGUAGUUUUGGAGAGCAUCCACGGAGAAAAAAGCUCCUUGAAGACUAUGAGGCCCCUAUAUAUUUUAGGGAUGAUUUGUUUAAGUAUUGUGGUGAAGAGAGAAGGCCUCCAUACCGCUGGUUCGUGAUGGGGCCCCAGCGGUCGGGGACAGGCAUCCACAUUGACCCGCUGGGAACAAGUGCCUGGAAUGCUUUAGUGUUUGGUCACAAGAGAUGGUGUCUGUUUCCGACGCAGACUCCGAGGGAGCUGAUUAAGGUGACUGGAGCUAUGGGGGGGAAACAGAGAGAUGAAGCUAUUACUUGGUUUAAGCUUAUUUACCCAAAGACUCAACUAGAUAGCUGGCCAAAGGAAUACAAACCUGUUGAAAUUCUGCAGAAGCCUGGUGAAACAGUAUUUGUCCCUGGAGGUUGGUGGCAUGUUGUCUUGAACUUGGAUGACACUGUAGCAGUCACGCAGAACUUCUGCAGCCGCACCAACUUCCCUGUGGUCUGGCAUAAAACUGUCCGUGGACGUCCCAAACUGUCCAAAAAGUGGAUUAAGGUUCUAGAAGCCAAGGAGCCAGACUUGUACAAAAUUGCAAGUAGCAUGGACCUUAGCCAAGGGACUGGAGUGGCCUCGGACAGUUCAUCUAACAGUAGUUCCUCGAGCAGUGACAGUGAUAGCAGCUCCUCGGGUGGCUCCAGUGAAGAUGACAGUGGCCAGGAAAGCAUUUCUGCACACAAAAAGAAGAAGCGAAGGAAAAUGUGAACACCAAAAAGCCUUACUACUGUUAACCUAAUAAAAAAUCAAGCACCAAGACGUAUCCAAUAUUUAGUAAAUGUUAUUUGUAAGCCUGCCUUUGUUUUUUGUAUUAUUAGACAUAAACUUAAUUGACUAAUAUUAAUUAUCGUUGUUUUCAUAAUAAUGAACACUAUAUCUUUUUUGUUAACAGAAGACGUAAUAUUCUUACCGAAUAAAGUAUUCAUGCAGUGGAAGAA